AUGAUCUUAUUCAAUAUUCUUCUUAUAUAUUUCUUCAGAACAAUAUAUUCACAAACGACACAGAAUAUUAAUGUUUUGUUAAUAAACGAAGAAAAUAACGCACUGGCUGAAAGAUCUUUUGAAGUAGCCAAAGAGUAUGUAAGGCGGAAUCCUGCUUUAGGUCUAGCGGUUAAUCCGGUGAUCGUUGUUGGAAAUCGUAGUGAUGCUAAAGUUUUUCUUGAGAACGUUUGCAGAAAAUACAAUGAUAUGAUUUCUGCGAAGAAAACGCCUCAUGUCGUCUUGGAUUUCACGAUGACUGGCGUCGGUUCGGAAACUAUAAAGUCAUUUACAGCUGCAUUGGCUCUGCCAACUAUUUCUGGUUCCUUUGGUCAAACGGGUGACUUACGACAAUGGCGUGCCCUUGUUGAUAAUCAAACUAAAUAUCUAUUACAAGUCAUGCCUCCAGCAGACAUCCUGCCAGAGGCCGUAAGGGCGAUCGUUAUGAAACAAGAUAUUACAAACGCCGCUAUAAUUUUUGAUGAAUAUUUCGUUAUGGAUCACAAAUAUAAAUCGCUUCUGCAGAAUAUUCCGACACGUCAUGUUAUUACUCCCGUUAAGAGUUUUAGCAAGGAUGACAUAAAAACUCAGCUAAGAAGCUUACGAGAGCUGGACAUAGUGAACUUUUUUAUCGUCGGCAGUUUAAGGACUAUAAAAAAUGUAUUAGAUGCCGCAAAUGAAAACCAGUACUUUGGCCGAAAGACGGCCUGGUUUGCUUUAUCUCUAGAUAAAGGGGAAAUAAGCUGCGGCUGUAAAGACGCGACAAUAGUUCACAUAAAACCAACACCGGAUGCCAACAGUCGAGAUCGAUUAGGAAAAAUUAAAACGACGUACAGCAUGAACGGGGAACCUGAAAUCACUUCCGCGUUUUAUUUCGACCUGUCAUUGAGAACUUUUUUAUCUAUAAAGUCAUUGCUGGACUCUGGCAAAUGGCAAAAUGAUAUGAAUUUUAUUACUUGUGAUGAUUACGAUGGCAAAAAUACACCUAAUAGGAGUUUAGAUCUCAAAACUGCUUUUCAAGAGGUGAAGGAAACACCGACGUAUGCUUCGUUUUAUAUUCCCGAGGACGAUCCAAUGAACGGAAGGAGUUAUAUGGAAUUUUCCACUGAUUUAACGGCCGUCACCAUUAAAGAUGGGGCAUCUAUAGGCAGUAAGACUCUGGGCUCAUGGAAGGCUGGUUUAUCCAGUCCCCUUUUACUAACUGAUCCUGAUAAUAUGAGCGAUUAUUCCGCUCAACUGGUAUACAGAAUAGUCACCGUCGAGCAACAACCUUUCAUUAUUAGAGACGAAGAUGCGCCGAAAGGUUUUAGAGGUUAUUGCAUUGAUCUUAUUGAGGAAAUACGACAGAUUGUUAAAUUUGAUUAUGAAAUAACGCUAGCACCGGAUGGAAGCUUCGGUGUAAUGGACGAGAAUGGUAACUGGAACGGAAUUAUUAAGGAAUUGAUGGAAAAAAGGGCAGAUAUCGGAUUGACGUCAUUAUCUGUAAUGGCGGAAAGGGAGAACGUGGUCGAUUUUACCGUACCUUAUUACGAUUUGGUGGGAAUAACAAUUUUAAUGAAAUUGCCAAGAACACCUACGUCACUGUUCAAAUUCUUGACAGUUUUAGAAAACGAUGUUUGGUUGUCUAUUUUGGCUGCAUACUUUUUUACGAGUUUUCUCAUGUGGGUAUUUGACAAAUGGAGUCCGUACAGUUACCAGAAUAAUAGGGAAAAGUAUAAGGAUGAUGAAGAAAAAAGGGAAUUCACUCUUAAAGAGUGUCUAUGGUUUUGUAUGACGUCACUAACACCCCAAGGUGGAGGGGAGGCUCCAAAAAAUCUCUCUGGUCGACUACUAGCUGCGACUUGGUGGCUUUUCGGAUUCAUAAUCAUCGCGUCUUACACGGCGAAUUUGGCAGCAUUUUUGACGGUAUCCCGUUUAGAUACUCCAAUUGAAUCCUUGGAUGAUUUAUCAAAACAAUAUAAAAUACAGUACGCACCGUUAAAUGGUUCUGCUGCUAUGACAUAUUUUGAAAGAAUGGCCAACAUAGAAGUUCGUUUCUAUGAGAUAUGGAAAGAAAUGAGUCUGAAUGAUAGUCUGAGUGACGUGGAACGAGCUAAAUUAGCUGUUUGGGAUUAUCCUGUGAGCGAUAAAUAUAGUAAAAUGUGGCAAGCUAUGAAGGAGGCUGGUCUGCCAAACUCUAUAGAAGAAGCAGUGGAUAGAGUUAGAGCUUCAAAGAGUUCAAGUGAAGGCUUCGCGUGGUUGGGAGACGCGACUGAUAUAAGAUAUCAUGUUCUUACGAGUUGUGAUCUGCAAAUGGUUGGUGAUGAAUUCUCUAGGAAACCAUAUGCCAUAGCCGUCCAACAGGGGUCGCCACUGAAAGAUCAGUUUAACAAUGCAAUACUCCAGCUUCUUAAUAAGAGAAAGUUGGAGAAAUUGAAAGAAGAUUGGUGGAAUAAUAAUCCUAAUGCGAUCAAAUGUGAGAAACAGGACGAUCAGUCUGACGGGAUCUCUAUACAGAAUAUUGGUGGAGUUUUUAUUGUUAUAUUUAUGGGUAUUGGACUGGCUUGUGUUACUUUAGGAGUAGAGUAUUGGUGGUACAAAUGGAGACGACGCCCUACUAUUAGUGAUGUUAAACAGGUUGAACCAGCUAAAUCUGUAAGAAAUAACACAGAACCGAACACGAAAAUCAACGAUGGAUUCACAUUCCGAUCAAGGAAUUUAGGUCUCUCGAACUUAAAGCAAAAAUUUUAA